GAAUGGCAACUGAAAUGCGUUUUUUUUCGCGCAGAUCUGGCAACCCUGACUAGCUCGCUCGUGCGAACAUGGCGGACGACAAGGACCCUUUCAGGCAGCUGAAGGAUCUCACUUUGCUUAAAAGCCAGCUGGAGGACAUUCGGCGGCAAGUGGAGAGCGAGGUGCAGGAUGGAGUUCCACAGAGUGGGAGUGUUCUGAGCUCUCCCUUCCUCAAGGGCUUCCUGGCUGGAUAUGUCGUAGCGAAGCUGCGCUCGUCAGCCAUCAUGGGCGUGCUGGUGGGAACUUGCACAGGCAUCUACGCUGCACAGAACUAUAACAUACCCAACAUCGAGCAGACCAUCAAGGGCUAUUUCAACUCUUUAAGGAAAAGCAAAUAGAGUCACGGACGCUGUUCGAGAAGAAUCGUCAACCUCAAAAGUCUUUCCAGGAAGUACUGCAUCCCACACAAGUCACACAGUUUUAGAGCAACUGGCAACUCUAAAGGAUGUAUGCAGACCUUUAAUGAGACAUUACCUGGUUGCCAGUAUGAAACAAACACACACUUGAAGCUCAGGGCUGAGUUUUCCUAAAGAGAUGUAACACAAUAAUUGUCAGUGUAGAGCACGCACUGAUAUAUAAGACGGUGAGCUAAAGAUUAUGGGACCUGUCUAAAAGAGAGGUUUUUUUUUUUUUCCUCCAAGAUUUUCUAACAUUCCAGUCAGCCUCUGUUGAAAUUUGUAGAAAACUGCAGGCUGGUUGAAUUAUUCACAGCAUCUACUGUGUCACCAGGGUCUAAUUACAGCACAGUCGGCACUGAUUUGAGCCUCUCAGUGUAGCCGAUGGGGUGAUGACCAGGCAUGUGAGUGCUGUGCACAAGCGUUACUGCCUUUCUGAUGCUGGAAGCACAUUUGCACAUUACUCCUGCUGGUUUGAUAUGUUGUAUUUAAUGAGGGAUAAUGAAACAAUGUUUUGUAUACCAAAAAUGUCAUCAGGGUUCGAACCAGUUGACUGCCAUGCAGUUGCUUUAAAAUUGCUGAUAAACGUAUAAAUGUUCAUCCAGUGCUAAAAUAGUGUUAUGAUUCUAAGUGCCAUUGUCUUUCAUCUCUUAUUUCCAGACCAAACGUGAGAACUCAUUUUUAAUGUUCUGCCCAGUUGUAAAGGUAUUGUUCUGUAUGCCACCUUGUUUUAAAAAGCUUUUCUAGCAUGUCA